ACUGGAGACCGUCAGAUCGCGUGUGACCGCCCUCACCCUCCUCCCGGGCUGGAGAAUGCUGCGGCAGCUUCUGCACAGGGGGCUCAAGACCUGCUUCUACCGGCUCGGCUUCUUCAUCGGGAACCACCCGGUCUUCUUCGCCUCGGCCCCCGUGCUGCUGGCCAUCCUGUUCGGGGCCAGCUUCAGCCGCUACCGGGUGGAGGACAACGUGGAGUACCUGUUCGCCCCCCGGCACAGCCUGGCCAAGAUCGAGCGCACCCUGGUCAACAGCCUCUUCCCGGUCAACGCGUCCAAACACCUGCUCUACUCGGACCUGCAGAGCCCGGGACCGUACGGCCGCAUCAUCGUCACCGGCUCCCCCCCGGCAGCCGGCAAUCUGCUGGACACACACCACUCCCAACUCAUCCUGAAGUUACACUCCUCUGUGACCAGAAUCCAAGUCCCGAUGAUGGGCUUCAAUUACUCUUUUGCCCAUAUGUGCAUUUUAAAGGACGAUAAAAUGUGCGCAUUGGAUGACAUCGUUCAAGUGCUGGAAGAGCUGAGAGCGGCUCGUGCUGUGAAUCGCACUGGAAUUAUCAUCAACUAUCCAAAUACCUAUCUUAGAGAUGGCCAAGAGGUGUUUAUAGGGCAUCAGCUUGGAGGUGUUAUGUUACAGAGCAAAGAUCGGGUUAAAUCUGCCAGAGCUGUGCAGAUCACCUACUACCUUCAAACCCGCAACUCUUUAAGUGAUUUGGUUGCGGAGAAAUGGGAAUCCGCCUUCUGUGAAACUGUGGAAAGCUUCCAGAAAUCCAACAAAGAGCUGAAGCUGUAUCCGUUCACAUCAUCGACUUUGAGGGAGGAUUUUCAGAAGACCAGUCAAGUAUCAGAAUGGUACCUGAUAACCAGCCUGGUGGUGGUAUUGAUAUUGGCUGUGCUGUGCUGCUCCAUGCAAGACUGUGUCCGUAGCAAGCCCUGGCUUGGGCUCCUGGGUCUGGUGACAAUGGGCCUUGCCGCUCUCACCUCUGCAGGGAUCAUCAACUUGAUGGGAGGGAAAUACAACUCUACCUUCCUAGGAAUUCCCUUCAUUGUCUUAGGUCAUGGACUGUAUGGAAUGUUUGAAAUGCUUUCAUCGUGGAGGAAAACCAAGGAAGAUCAGCAUGUAAAGGAGAGAAUAGCCACAGUGUAUGCUGAUACUAUGCUGCCCAUUACACUCACCACUGCCAUGUACAUGGUUACAUUUGGCAUUGGUGCCAGUCCCUUCACCAACAUAGAAGCUGUGAAGGUGUUCUGUGCUAACACAUGCAUAUCAAUCUUUUUUAACUACCUCUAUCUGAUGUCAUUUUAUGGCUCCAAUUUGGUGUUUACUGGCUACUUAGAAAUUAAUUACCAGCACAGUAUUUUUUGCAGAAAGGUGCCAAAACCUGAAGAUCUACGAGGUAAGCCUGCAUGGUACAGAUUUUUCAUGAUGUCCAGAUUUAGUGAGGAGGCGACAGACUCCGCUGAAAGUAGCACCUAUGAAAAUCAUUUUCUGCUAUGGUUUCUGAAACAUUAUUAUUGUGACUGGAUAACAAACACUUAUGUCAAACCUUUUGUUGUUCUGUUUUAUCUUGUUUAUAUCUCCUUUGCCUUAAUGGGCUAUCUGCAGGUCAGUGAAGGUUUGGACCUCAGUAAUGUUGUUGCUUCACAGUCACGCACUGUUUCAUAUACAACUGUUCAGCAGAAAUAUUUCAGUAACUACAGUCCUGUCAUUGGCUUUUAUAUUUAUGAACCAAUAGAAUACUGGAAUGCCAGCGUUCAAGAAGAUCUGCUGGAAAUCACUGAAGGAUUUGUGAGAAUAUCAUGGUUCGAAACUUAUUUAAAUUAUCUUAGAAAACAAAAUGUAACUACUUCGGUGUCCAAAAAGUACUUCAUAGAAACCUUACGAAAUUCCUUCUUAAAAACUCCACAGUACUCCCACUUCUCAGACGAUAUCAUAUUUGUGGAGAAAUCCAACAAUGAGAUGGAAGUUGUUGCCUCUCGGAUGUAUUUGGUAGCCAAGACAGCAGAGAAUACAAGAGAGGAAAUUUAUGAUCUGCUGGAAACUCUGAGGAAACUGUCUCUUACGUAUAAGGUUAAAUUUAUGAUUUUCAACCCGUCUUUUAUCUAUAUGGAUCGAUAUGCUUCUUCCAUUGGAGCACCUCUGCAGAAUUCUUGCAUUAGUGCACUGUUUGUCCUCUUCUUCUCUGCAUUCCUUGUAGCAAAUUCUUUAGUAAAUGUCUGGGUCACUCUGACUGUGGUUUCCGUGGAGUUUGGAGUUAUAGGCUUCAUGACACUCUGGAAAGUAGAACUGGAUUGCAUCUCUGUAUUGUGCUUAAUAUAUGGAAUAAACUACACCAUCGACAAUUGUGCACCAUUCAUAUCCACAUUUGUCUUAGGAAAAGAAUUUACAAGGACAAAGUGGGUUAAAAAUGCUCUGGAACUACAUGGAGUAGCUAUUUUGCAGAGCAACUUUUGCUACACAAUCGGUAUGAUUCCUCUUACUGCUGUGCCUUCUAAUCUGAUCUGUACACUAUUCAGGUGUUUCUUUCUAAUAGCGUUUUUCACCUUUCUCCACUGCUUUGCCAUUUUACCUGUGAUUUUGACCUUUGUGCCACCCUCCAAGAAAAAACGGACAGAAAGGAAAAGCAACGAAAAUCAUGAGGAAAUCGAAUGCAUGGAAAUGGUAGACCUAGACAGCACUCGGGUGGUUGAUCAAAUCACGUCAGUUUGAUGGACUUAGCUCGUGAGGACAUGUGGAGAGAAAGUGAGCAUAUAAAACUGUGGUCUGAAUGAACACAGCAGUAGGCAAAACAAUAUCGUGAACAGGGGGGAAAGGAGUGAAAAUUACAGUGAGAAAAACUGAUAAUACGUAAGUAGCUUAUAUUGAAGAGUAA